AUGUCGACUAGGCCUAAGCUUCUCGUUGUCUUGACAUCUCAGGAUAUCAUGCCAACCCGGGAGAAUUUCAGGACUGGAUGGUAUCUUCCCGAGUUUGUUCACCCAUACAACGCUCUCGCCCCUCAUGUGGACCUCGUCGUCGCUUCUCCCAAGGGUGGUGUUGCUCCCAUCGACCCCUACUCCAUUGAAGACAGCAAAAAUGACGGAGAGUGUCAGAGAUUUCUGAAAGAACAGAAGGAUCUUUGGGAAAAAACGGAGACCCUUUCGUCGUUUUUCGGAAGGUCUUCUGAGUUUGCGGGAGUAUUCUACGUUGGCGGGCAUGGACCCAUGUUUGAUCUCGCCGUCGACCAAAUCUCACAUUCCAUCAUCCGAGAGUUCUACGAAGCAGGCAAAAUUGUCUCGGCUGUUUGCCAUGGCCCCGGCGCCCUCGUGAAUGUUAAGCUCACAAACGGGGAGUACCUGGUCAAGGACAACGAAGUCACAGGAUUUUCGAAUGCGGAAGAAGACGCAUACAGCUUUACGGAUGCAAUGCCAUUCCUUUUGGAAACAGAACUCAAAAACCACGGCGGGAGGUACAUGAAGGCAGAUCAGCCCUUCGGGGUUAAAGUUGUGGUCAGCGGUAAGGAUGGACGCUUGAUUACCGGGCAGAAUCCACCUAGCGCAGGAGUUAUUGGUAACGUAUUGUGGGAAGCAAUCAGGAAGCAGCAGAUACCUUGA